ACGGCGAUAUGAUGCCAACAACCCUGAGGUACGGAAUUAGAAAUUUCUGAGGGGAACAGUGUCCAGAACGUUGUAUAAGGUGUACCCCAGUCCGGGCAUAGCCCGAAGCGUUUGGGCCUUGCCUCAGCAAACUGCCUCCUGCAACAUGGUAGCAGAGGCGGAUCAUCCAGCUGCGUCCGCUAAUCAUGAGAAGGAUGUCGGUAUAGUAGCCGAAAUUUCCGAACAAUCCCAAAAAACUGUAUUUGAUUUGGUCAAAUGUGGAGACCUGGCAGAUGUAGAAGACUACGUCGAAAAAUAUGGAACUCCAGUUCUGCGGUCUAGAGACGAGUGGGGCUAUACGCCAGCUCAUUGGGCCGCUUUAGAUGGAAAUGUGGAGUUGACAAGGUUUAUGGUAGAAACUGGAGCACCCAUCGACCUUCCUUGCUUAGGAACGCAAGGACCUAGACCUAUACAUUGGGCAUGCAGAAAGGGUCACACAGCAGUGGUCCAGAUACUUCUUCAAGCAGGCGUAGCCGUCAAUGGAGCCGACUUCAAAGGCCUCACCCCCUUAAUGACAGCUUGUAUGUUCGGCAGAACGGCUACCGCGGCGUAUUUGCUAGGAAUGGGAGCACUCAACCACCUGGUGGAUAUUAACGGAGAUACCGCGGUACACUGGGCGGCUUACAAAGGUCACCCCGACCUUUUGAAACUGCUGAUGUACUCCGGCGCCAACUUACAAAAACCAGACCAUUUCGGGUCCACGCCAUUGCAUCUGGCUUGUUUGUCAGCUAGCCUGAGUUGCGUGAAGCUCCUCUGCGAAAAGAGCAACAUCGAUCUGGAGCCGAAAGACAAAAACGAUAAAACGCCGCUUAUGUUGGCUGUCGGCCAUAGGCACAUGGAUAUAGUGGAUGUUUUGCACGCGGCCAUCAAGAGAAGGUCCGGAUGGUUGCCCCCCGUCAACGAAAUUUGGGGUGUACUGUUCGGACGAGCGGGCAACUCCAAAGCUCCACUCGUGUUCUUCAUGUCUUCAGUAUUACUGUGGGGUUACCCGAUGUACAUCAUCAGGGUCAUACCGAUCACUUGGAAUAUUCUAAGAGGUUCCCAUUACUGCUUCAUCUACUGGAACAUGGUAAUGUGGAUAUGCUGGAUCGUCGCCAACAGGAAAAACCCUGGCUACAUCCCGAUGAAUUCGGAAGCGUAUCAUAGGGUGAUAAAGCAGAUCCCGUACUUCGACAAGUGGAAGAAGCGAAACGUAAUGCUGAACCGACUCUGUCACACAUGCCGAACUUUGCGGCCAAUGAGAGCGAAGCAUUGCAGGGUGUGCAACAGAUGCGUCUCCUAUUUCGAUCACCACUGCCCGUUCAUUUACAAUUGCGUGGGGCUUAAAAAUAGAACUUGGUUCUUCAUUUUCGUCAUGAGCGUCGCCAUCAAUUGCUCGUUUACGAUUUACUUUGCCACGUAUUGCGUCGCCAUCGAAGGGUUCGGCGUGUUGUACGUGCUGGGCUUGCUUGAAGCUUUUGUCUUUUCCGGUCUAGGGUGGAUACUUACUUGCACGUCGGUGCUUCAUGCCUGCAUGAACCUGACCACCAACGAAAUGGUGAAUUACAAAAGGUAUCCUUACUUGAGGGAUAAGAGGGGAAGAUAUUUCAAUCCCUUCUCCAGAGGACCGAUCAUUAACUUGAUCGAAUUCUUCUUUUGCACUCCCGACGAUUUCGACGACGACUUAGGAUACGAUUACAUUUGAUACGGUGGUACUAGUCCCUUAUGCGACCUAAGAUGUAACGAUAUGCUGAAGCGAUGCCUUAAGAAUGCACGCAGAUAGCCUUUUGGACGAUCCAAAUCAGCGCAGUUCUUUGGCUUUGCAGAAACGAAGCCAUUUUUGCUUUUUACGCGCGUUCUUUGUAUUCAGAGAGUGGGUUAUUCUGCCAUCAUUGUGCGUCUGGAAGAGGCAAGUUAAACAAUACUAAACUUCGUAUCAUAAUUAACGAACGAAUAAAAUGUGGGUCAACUUCAGAGUUAAUUUUCAACAAUUUUAUUUAAAUUAAGUUGGGGGAUAUGGAGUGAUAUGAAAGAAAAACUAUUUAUACGUAUAACGCCAGGCCACAUGCAAUAAUAGUGCAAAAUUACUUACAUGAAGUGAAUGUUCAUAUCUUGGACUGGCCUCCACUCAGUCUAGACUUCAACCCAGUGGAACAUGUCUGGGGCCCAUGGGUAGGUAGCACAGAGAUCAUCAAGACUUGCCUCUUUCGGUGACGUAGAAAAAAUUAUUAGCAAAUAUAUGGACUAAUAUCCCAAGCAGAAUUUUUCUGACUGAGGACACUUUUACCUCUGCCGACGUUUCAUUUGAUUACGAUUUGGGUUCCUUUUAUGUAAGUUACUUGUGAACGUUCAAGUAUAAAAUAUUGAUACGUAACAAAAUAGAUUUUCGGUUUUAGUGUCUACGUCUGGAAAAAAUAUUUGUACCCAUCUUUCCGUUGGUCCUGGUGUAAUUUUCUGACUGCGAUGUUACGUUCAACUUGGCUAAACUUAAAUGAUGAAACCAACAUAACCUUCCUUGUGCUUGGUAUUUUUAUUUCAUGAGCUUCCUUGAUAUGGUUUAUUGUGAUUUUUACAAAUUUGGAUAAAAAAUGGUAGGCUUUCUUCACAACUCGGUGCUGUUAUGUAUUUGAACACUAGAGCAAUAGUCCUACUCGUUUGAAAUAAACUGUGUCCCAUUUUGAUCGCGUCUGAGAGGUAUGACUCUUGUUAAUGAGUGUAAGAGCCUUUGGUACAUUUUUGAGAAACGAAAGAUGACGAAAUAACAAAAUUUCAUGAUUUCGUUUUUAAAAUAAAGGGUGAUUUUGGAAAUUUCAAGUUUUGGGGCACUCCUCGAAUAUCCUAUGGAAUGUUGGAAAGAGAUAUAGAUUUUUACGUAGAAUUCAGUGGCGUAGUCAGUUUUUCUCUAAAUGGUUUCGUCCUUUUGAAAAAAAAUAUUUUGUUUUUUUUAAUUGUUUCCACUUUUCAUGAAUUGUAAUGUUUACGAAUUUUCAUUUUCAAAAAAAUAAGCGUAAUUCAAGCUUUAGGUAUAGAGGAAAAAAUACACCAGAGAAAACCCUGGAAGAAAGUUUUACUUGGUAUUAUUUUGAAGGUACAAUGCGAUCGAUUUCUGCAGUAAAAUUAUGGCAAACGCAAUAGAUACACAAUAUCAAGUAUCUCUAAUUGUGCCUAUCCAUUUAUAUCUGUUUUUCUGCGGUAUUUUGACUAACUACGCCAUAAAUUUGUGUGUUUGUUCAGAUUUUUAUGUUUAUCUGCAAACAAUUGACAUUUUUUUUUGAAAUUUCAUGGUUAUGUUUUUACUACUAACCAAAAUGUUAUCAUGUUUCUCAUUAAAAUUUUUAGUUGCGUUUAACGAAUUCUGAUUUACAAACACAUGCACAAGAGAAAAUUUGCCAGAAUUAAAAAAAGCUUUGCGAACUAUUUCACGAAAAACAUUUUAAAAACACUUGCAAAAUAUUAGGUACUUAAAAUAAAAAUUACACACAGGAAAAUGAAUGAAACUUCUAUAUUAGGUAUUUAACACUAUAAAAUCCGUCAAAGUGGACUGAUGUUCAGAGAAUCGUACAAUCCAAUGACGUAACUCUUCUUUGACGCGUGACUUUAACGCACCCCAUCUCACUGCCCCAAACGUCAAUUAAAUUAAAUAAUUCGUAUAAUUCUCAUGACACCUCUUCCGUGCGGUGAACCGGUGCUCCAUCUAGUAGGUACCAAGACGUCCAACAUUCUUGAAGGACCGAGAAAAUCAUUUACCAAUGUUUUUGAUAUUUGAAGCUAUUUUAAAGCAUUCAAUGGUUCUUCGUAAAUUAAAAAAAUCUUGCUUUAUUAUCUUUUAAUAAGCAAAAUGCAUUUAAACUUCCAAUGAAAAGACUCGCUUCAGAAAAUUGUUUCUAGAUCAGUAGAACAUCGCCGCUUAUGGAACUAAGCAAAUUUUUACAACAAUCUAAUGUAAUUUUUUUUAACUGUAAUGCAACUACUUUUGUCAAUAUUUUUCAAAAUCGACCAUUUUCUUUUAAUUUCGGUUGAAAUGAUUCAAGAGGCAGAAUCAGAUUACUCUCACACAUUGCAUAUACUUUCAAAACACUUUAUCACCUUGUUACUUUCGAAACUCGAUAAAAUCGAAUUUUUUGAAAGUAUCUGCCCUCGUAUAAAAAUUUUAUAUCUCGUUAACGGUAGGUCCUAUGGGAUCGCCGUUGGUGCAAAAAUGAUCACCGUCGAAAAAAUAUUUUUUUUAUGUUUGUCUGUUCUCCGUUCUCCGUUCUCGUCUUUUGGUUUUUCCCGAAUAACUUUCGAACCGUAAGAGCUACAAAAUUGAAAUUUUGCAAAUUUUGCAAAAUGUUGCACAUUAAAAAAUAUACAGGGUGCGUCGAAAAUUCAAAAAAGCUGAAAAGUGGAUCCCACUAUUAUUGAAAAUUGGUUAUAACUGGAAUACUAUGAUUCGGAUCUUACUUUCUUUUAUAUUGCGAUAUAGCCCGCAUAGACAGCAAAAUCUUUUGUAUUUAGGGUUUUCACCUAUUGUACAGGGUGUUCCCGAUAUUCCGUGGUAAGUGAGAAAUGAGUUAAAUCUUUUUGCAGAUAUCAACUUCAAAUUUAGCAGAGAAGUAAAAGUCCAUGUCCACAUUUAAACGGUAGAAAUUGGGCGCAAUCAAAUUUUACCAAGUAUUUUUUAAAAAUGUUUGAAUUUUUUUUUUGGUAAUUUUAUCUUCCAGAAAAAUAUGUGUUUCCUCAAUAAUCGUUCAUCCGAUUGGCAAUUUUUUUUACCCGGCAGAUGCAGAAGAUCCAGUGCAAUAACAUUUAUUUCAGGCAUUUUUUCGAUUAUAUACAGGGUUUUCAAAUUAUAGGCAAAAAUCCAAAAGACCUAGAAAAUUGUUCUUUAUUAGCCGCAAAUCAAAAAUCGUAAAAAAUAUGGUUAAUUGGUUCAAACGGUAUCAUAGGCCGCAUCAAGAGGUACGAUUUUUGUAUUUUCGGUUUUCGUCUAUCACAUACGCUGCUCGGGAUAUUUGAAAAAAUCCGUUAUUUCGAGGGAUUUCAAGACGCGAUGACGUCAUUGAUUAUUACAGCGCACUGCAUGGUUUCAGAAAAAACUUAUUUUCUCGAAAACCAUUUACUAUUUUCAAAAAAUUCUUAAACCAGGAAACGUGGAAAAUCCAGGGCCUCUACUUCGAAUAAUGAUUGUAUCAUAUACAGGGUGUGUCGUUUAUGGGCAAAAAAUCUAAAAUUUCCGUUUUUGUGGGUAAAUUAUUGGCGAUAAAUGAAAAACAGUUAAAGAUGGGAUAAUUUUAUUUGAACAGUAUCGCAAAUCAUGUCGUAAGAGAGUUUCAGGUUUCGGCAAUUAUACAGGGUGCGAGAUAUUUGAAAAUAUAUCAUUCGACGACGCUAUUAUUUGUGCAAAUUUUAGUAUUUACCGAUGUUUGCUGUAACUUUGAAAUUCGACGAUAUGUGAAGGACAUUUUAUACAGAGUGCAUGCACAAUUAAAUUACAUCAAUUUUGCGAAAAUUCCAUAGUGGUCCGCAGGAGCACGAUAGAAAGAAGAAGAAGAAGAAGAAGAAACCACACGAAACCGCUUUCCUUUUAUAAUAAAAAGCUGCUUCGCGCUACGUGAUACGAACUUGCCCUGCCCAGUGAAGAUUUUUCGAAAGCAAUCUUGUUCCUUCUUUUCUGGAAUCGGCGCAUGGUUGAAAUUGGAAUGCCAGUUAAGUCCACUGUCCUCCCAAUGACAACUUCUAUACUCUUGUUGUUUUUGGAAGACCUGCAGGUUAAUUUAGCAUAUUGUUUUAUUUGCUAUGUUAAAGUUCUAAACAUAACAAAUGCUGAGAGGAUUAGAGCCUAAAACUGGGUUUUCUUUAAACCCUCUGUUCAUGCCUAAAACUUAGUAUAUAGGUAGAGGUAUAGGUAUAUCCAAAUACAUUCAGCGACGAAAUUAACUCUGAAGUUAUCCCAAAUUUAAGUGCUAAGUUAAUUUUCAUGAGAGUUUGUUUAAAAUUACUGAAAUGUUUUUUCUUCGUAAAUUUUGUGUAUUUUCUUUUUUUUGCAUAAAUUAAAAAUUCGUACUGUAUACUCUUUAUUUGGGUAUCUACAUUUAUCUGCAUACCGUUCUAUAAAAAUAUAAAUUAUAAAUAAGGAUUCAAUUAAACUCGGAUGUCUCAAAAAUCAAAAUUUUUGAGUUUUGUUUUGUGAAAGGUAUAUAUGAGGAGAGGCGAUUUGUUUUGUUUUAUAAAAAGGUUAUUUUUAAAAAUCGAUUUAUUUAAAUUUUAAAUCUGAACACGCAACGAAACCCCCAUCUAUAAUAUUUAUUCCAAAAUUAUACGGGACGUUCCUGUUUAAAAUCAAAAUUGGUAACUAUUUGAAUUUUAAUAAGCACUAUCGAGUGCUAUGCGUCCUUGAGUGCAGUUGGAAUAUCUGAUUCAGCAAAACAUCACGCGGUAUACAGAUAAAAGUAAUUACUUCUUCGUCGAUGAAUAAUACUGCUCUAUAUGUUCUUUGUAA